CUGUGAAGAGUUGACCUUCUCGUUUGUCCUCUCCUUUCCCUUUGUGAAAUAUGACCCACAUACACUCCCAACUCCCUUCUCGUUCGACUCCAUUACAGUAGCAGGUUUCAGCUUCUUCCUUAUAUAAACUCUCCAUUCUCACUAUAUACAUGUUCAUCUUCAACCUCGAUCUUCCUUCUUCAUAGAAACCACUGUAACUUUGUUCCUUCAUUCGUCUCUUCGUAUGAUUAUAGUUCUGCAACUUUAUCUUUCUCUUCCUUAAUUGAACUUCUAUAAAAACCUUCCAAGUAUGUAACUUCGAACAAUCCAUCUAUUAUUUUCGGUAAAAAAAACCAAAAAGAUUUGAAAAAAAAGAGAUCUUGCUUCGAUCUGGAUCGAGUUAAGACGAUUGUGUAGAAAUACCUUUAUAAAAAUCGACAAAUUAUGUAAGGUAUUUGCCACUGAUCUUUAGAUCCUAUCUGAAAAAACCCAAAAAAAAUUGUUCUUUAUUUAUUUAGUCGGUAGCAUAGGUAAUUUGGGAGUGAAGAGGGAAUCGAAGUUGUUGGAAAUGGAAGGUGGGGAUGGGUCAACGCCACCAGUAUCAGCGCCGGCAACGCCUGGAACUCCCGGAGCUCCGUUGUUCACAUCUCUGCGAGUGGACUCCUUGUCGUAUGACCGCAAGUCAAUGCCCCGUUGCAAGUGUCUGCCUGUUGACGCCCCAUCAUGGGGUGCCCCUCAUACCUGCUUCACCGAUUUUCCUGCCCCCGAUAUCUCUCUCACCCGAAAGUUGGGGGCAGAAUUUGUGGGAACGUUUAUAUUGAUAUUCGCGGCAACGGCAGGACCGAUAGUGAACGAAAAGUACACAGGAUCGGAGUCGCUGCUAGGAAAUGCAGCAUGUGCAGGGCUGGCGGUGAUGAUAAUAAUACUGUCGACGGGUCAUAUCUCGGGAGCCCAUUUGAACCCAUCGCUAACCAUCGCAUUUGCAGCACUGCGUCAUUUUCCAUGGGCACAGGUCCCUGCUUAUAUCUUAGCACAAGUAUCGGCCUCCAUUUGUGCUUCUUUUGCUCUCAAGGGUGUCUUCCACCCUUUUAUGUCUGGUGGUGUGACUGUUCCUUCUGUUAGCACUGGCCAAGCUUUUGCUCUUGAGUUCCUCAUAACCUUCAAUCUCCUGUUUGUUGUCACAGCUGUUGCUACCGAUACUCGUGCUGUGGGAGAAUUGGCUGGUAUAGCAGUUGGUGCUACUGUUUUGCUCAACAUUCUUGUUGCUGGGAAAUCAAGUGGUGCUUCGAUGAAUCCGGUGCGAACUCUAGGUCCGGCGGUUGCAGCAGGGAACUACACGGUGAUAUGGGUAUACUUAUUGGCACCGACACUUGGAGCACUUGCCGGAGCUGCGGUCUACACAUUGGUGAAACUUCCGGCGGUGGACGGAGAUCAACCACGAAGCUUCCGUCGUUAGGUACUGGAUAUUGGCAUGCAGGGUAUAUAGUAGCUGCCUCCUUAUCUUUAUGUGGUUAUACGAUCGAAUAAAAGUGGGGUGCGAAUGUGAGGUGGUUGUUAUGUGUUACAUAUGGUGUUGGUUGCUUAAUUAUUGUAAUUAAAGAAUUAAUGCAUGGAGAUAUUAUAUAUAAAACAUGUAUGUUUGUGAUA